GGCAUUUUCCGUGUCAGCUUGCGGCAUUUCGAUAGACUGCCUACGCAUCGGCAUCUCCCUUGCGUCUUUCGGAGUUCCUUGCCUCUCGCCAGGGAGUACCGUGCAUAAAUACCUACUUACCCUUUAGGGCCUCGAUGAAGCCUUAUAUUCUCUCCAUCUCUCUCCUGCUCUGUCUAUCUCAAGUUCCACUGCAUGUGCAUAAAGGAAAGGCAACACACCACGCAGAUGCGCCAGGUCGUCAUUCUAUCACGCAAGUGCAUUUUGGCCGCCUCAUCUUCACUCCGCCUCCACUGCCACCCUUAUUCUCAUCGGCGAUAAUCACUGCCACUCGCCAGGCUGUAAUUACAGGCUGCUCUUCAUCCUUUUCCUUUCGUUCGCGCUCGUCUGUAGCCAUCAUGGGUUAUGUUACCGUCCUCUAUUGUGUAGGUCGCCUACUCAAACUAGACCUAUAUGAAUCUUUACUAAGAUACCUAGUGUAACUGUGCCGAGGGCCCGUGGGACUUGAGAGUAACCCAGUAUUGCCAAACUUGCAAUCAUAUUUUAUGUGGCUUCUGUCGUCACGAAACCGUCCAAACAAAGAGCGCUACCCAGAAAUGCGAUUCAGACGCGUGCUGUAUGAUUUAUGAGAGAAAGCCGUUAGCUUUUCAGCCCCAGCAAGAUGGCACUGCGCUCUUGGGAGGUCGACUUUGGACGACGCAAACCAGCUCGCACAUAUCUUUUAGAGAAUAAAGCGCACUUUCGUCACUUGCAUGAGAUCUCUGGUCACAGAGGUUCCUUUAUCCGGAUGGCCAUGAAAGAUUCCCGUGACUCCCAGCGUCUUGUCUACCGGGCUGACCGUAUUGAGAGUUUUUGCGGUAACUUGAGUAUUGAUGCACUGCUAAAUGCCUCUUCUGGCUUGGCUGUGCAACCAAUUGCUCUUCUGGACGACAGGAAAGCGGACCUGGUUGAUAUGAUCAAGGAGACAGGAAUCUGUCGUACGCAAAAAGGGCCCCUCGAUCCGAAGCAUUUGCAUAUGGAACUAAAGAAACCGAGAUAUAGCACGACAAACACCGGAACGCCCAGUACAGGCACAGCAAUAGGUGGUAGUGUUCCCACAACAGAGCCCGAUGCUGAGAGGCGAUUGAUCUAUAUAACUGACCUUAACCGUUACACUAUCCUUGUUCUACUUGAGACUGCGUCUAGUCAACAAGCAUACUUUCUUCGCGAUUUUAUAUACAACCACCUUGCUUUUGCGCCAAGUAUAGGAGUGACAAUCCCAUUUACCUCCUUCAAGAGCUUUGCUUUUGCAUUUCACUUCCCAUAUUAUGCUUGGAGAAAGGGCCCGCUAUAUUUCCAGGACGAGCGACGCAUGAACGAUGGACGGUCCUUGAGACGCAGUCAGCGCCUAGGAUUCCUUAACGAGACCCCAUGGGGCAAUUGCGAGGAAGAGGCCGAGGACUGCAUCUAUGAGGCUCAGAUAUCAUGUCUUGUGGCUGGGCUAGAUGACUCCUCUUAUAUCGGAUAUGGUUUUGUUGACACAUAUCAUAAUGGCCCCGAGAGUAAAGGGAGCGUCAAAGAGUAUCAUGAGACAUCUAACACGCCGGGACACUAUCCCAUGGACCCGCUAAGUGGCGGGAUGCUUCGUGCGAACCGUCCUAUUUGGAGCCCUCGCCUAUAUUUUUUGCGAGUACUGGAGCUCAGAAUCGAGGAGGUCAAAGAAGAAUGGGCGAAUUCCGUUUUUAUGCUCCAGAAGAAAACGCGUGCUUAUAUACAAGACUACCAGAUCCCCCAGGUUGUCUAUCUAUCUUCAGAUAUAGAAGGCCGGGGAGAGCGGUUGAGGCGUUUCCAUGACUGGACGGGAAGUACAGUUCGACUUGUAAUGGACCUAAUCCAUAUCUUAUCGAAGACCUUACACGCCUGCGACAGGUUUCAGAGCCAGGACUGUGGGUUCUUCCAAGAUGACAAUGCGUUUCACAAGGACACAAUAAUGCCAUCCCUGUGCCUCGCCGUGAUCGCAAAGCAUGUCGAGGAGAUGAAAGACCAGCUGCAAACUUUACAGCACUUAGAGAAGGUGUGCAAUAAUAUUUCCCGUGAGCUAGAAGCGUAUAUUGCGCUCGAGGAUCGAAAUGUCACGAUGAUUCAAACCCGGACGAACGAAAGUGUCAAAGCUAUCACAUUUCUCGCAUUCCUCGUCUCGCCUCCUGCGGUAACCUCGGCCUUAUAUAGUAUGCAAGACGAGGUGUUGCCAUGGCCAGUUGACACGCGUAGCUGGGGCUUCACAAUUGGUUUCUUUUACCUAUCGCUUGGUCUAGUCCUAUGGUUUCUUCUGAAGAGGUCCGAUAGGAAGAGAGAUCUGGCCCUCCGAGGGCAGAAAUGUGCAUCGCAAUUACCGACGCCUGCAAGAACUUAUCGCAUGCUAUGGAUCAAACGCUUCUGGGCGCGAUGCAGGGCCCAGGUUUCUAGGUUAGACGUUAGCUCCCCAGUAUCAUUCGAAGGGGACGACAGAUUCAUUGAUGAUGAGGAAACAGAGCUGAGCGACCUUAGUACACAACCUCAACCUACAGGCUUCCUAUAACGUACAAAAGUAUAACGAUUUCGGUUACGAUCACUAGGUGCAAGUGUAUUUUAUGCUCUCAUCAGCCACUUUUUGUCGUGCAAAAGGCUGCAUAAGUUACUUAAAUAUCGAUUACAAUGAAUAAAUCACUAUACUGACAGUAUUAUCCGCCGUGAUACAGAGACACACCCUAGCGAUGUGGAUUCGCCGAGACUCAACAGUGUUCGUUCUUUUGGUUGCGUUUUCCCGCUUGCCCAU